UUUUACAGAAGGGUUUCGCGGAGUUUGUAAAGCAUGAAGAUCCAGAUAUUCUGCAUGCAAGAGACCAAAUGCCCCGAUGAGAAGCUGCCACCGAGGUAAAAAUUGCUGGAUACUCGAAACACUUUCUGGCAGGGUCUAAGCCGGGCUACGCAGGUGUGGCUAUGUAUUCAAAGGUGAAGCCGAUUGAGGUGAAGUUCGGACUUGGCAGUGCAGAAUUCGACGAUGAAGGAAGAGUCAUUACUGCUGAAUUCGAAAAGUUUUUCCUUGUAAAUACAUAUGUUGUGAAUGCAGGAGCGGGCUUGAAAACGCUGAGCAAACGCUUGAAAUGGGAUGAACUGUUUCGGAAUCACCUGAAAGAGCUGGAUGCCAAAAAGCCUGUUAUACUUACUGGAGACUUGAACGUGGCUCAUAAUCCUAUCG